UCUUUGACAUGGUGUGUGUGUUUUAUAAGUAGUUCGAAACGAUUUCGAAUAAAGAGGUGAUACUCUUGCCUUAUAUACGACUGUGGAGCGAAUCAAUGUAUGUGGAAGUAUACACUUUUAACGACUCAAAUUUUAAAACUAGGAAAAGGAGUAAGUAUAAUGGUUAAGUUUUAUUAAGUUGAACGAUCUGAGUCGUAUAGAAAUGACUACGGCAGCCUUCACUCAAACUUAUGCGGACAGGAUAUACCCAAGCACGGCAACAAACACAUUUUUGCCACUUUGCCAAUCACACGACACCAUCUUACAGACAUGGUUUCAGUUCGACACGCUUCACUUGGUGAGGGUCUUGGUCACGUGGUUACUCUUCUGUCUCAGCAUGGCAGGAAACAUGUUCGUCCUCUGGUCACUAAGGGGCAGCAAAAGCCGACAUUUUAUCAUGUUCUAUUUGGCACUAAGUGAUUUGAUCUACACAAUAUUCGUGAUGCCUUCUGACGCGGUGUGGAACACCACCAUGGAAUGGCUCGCCGGUGACGUCAUGUGCAGGUUGUGCCAAAUGAUGAAACAGUUCGGCAUGUACGCGAGCUCCUUCAUGGUUGUGGUGAUCGGUAUGGACCGAGUAACUGCCAUCUUAUCCCCUUUAACCCAUGAAGGACAACGAAAGCGUGGUUACUGCAUGGUUCUUGCUGCAUGGACGACAAGCCUUUUAUGUUGCAUACCUGCGGGCGCACUGUUUUCCCUUCUAACCGUGGAGACUUGUGAAGGAAUCAACGUUUAUCAAUGCGUGGACUUUAACAUUGUUAAAGACCGUUCUUUACUACGACCUUACUACUUCUUUACAAUGUGCAUGAGCUUCUUACUACCACUGAUCUGUACCCUGGUUUCUUACUCACUUAUAGUUUGCGAGAUUUCCAACAUGAAAGAGAGAGACAGAGUGUUAAUGGGCCGCCGCAAAAGCGUCAACACAGCAUCGAUACAGCGAGCCAAGAAUCGUACAAUCCUCAUGAGAACUUUAAUAACUCUAACAUUUCUCGUGUGCUGGGGACCGUACUACGGCAAAGGGAUUUACGACUGGUUUCAAAAGCCUGCAAUUGGACCGCCAGCACCAUUAGAUACAGCGAUGUACAUUGUCAUGUACCUCAACCCAGUUCUACACCCGAUCGUGUUCGGUGUUUUUAUGAAGGAAAUAAGAAGUAAAUUUAAGAAAACUUCUUGCAUCGCUGGACUAAAGCAAAAACGAGAUUUCAUUCGUGCAGACAAGUGAGGUCGGGAUCGGUGUCAAGGUUAUCUCUCACAAGCUAUGCGACUGGUCUUACCCAAGUUCAGGACCUGCCCAACGGUGCAGCAGAGACCACUGUUCUGACUGGCGCCACCCAACAAGUCCCAUCUAUCGACGAAAGCGUACACACGAAGGCGCCAGAGUAGCAUGGAGUUUACCAGGAUUACUCGUCUCUGUAAUUGCUCAAUUAUAACUCGAGAAAAUUGAUGUCAUCGCCAAUUUUUACCGAAAGAGUGCUUCCAAGCCGAAUUUAGAAAAUCGGACAACUACUUGCGGCGUAAGACCAAAUUAUUUGCACCGGGCAUAAGUGCGUAAGUUUACACACGCAGUUGUGUAAAAAUAAUCACAACAACAAACCGGCAUCGGCUAGAAUAGAACUUGCGGAUUAAAUCCGUCACGGCAGAGGUGCAAUUAUGUUCCUUGAAAAGAAAUUACUCCGUCAGUGUCUAACCGCCCACAAUAUAUGUAUUAAGUGCACGACUUGAACUGUUUAUAUAAAGUUCCAAUAACAGAAAUAACCCACGUGCGGUUAUGCUACCGGCAAAUGAAAUUGAGAACGCGAGGAAAUGAGACGACAAAAUACACCGUUAUCGAACCAUAUACGAUAUUGGGGUUACAGGAGUCGUUGACCCGACAACUCAUGUGAAAUAUAGUUGCAUUCAUAAUGCAUUAUACGGUAUACGUCAUAGCGAGACAUUUCACUGCGGUUUUCAAGCUUUCAUUCGAAAUUAAAUAAACGCUCGUUUA